UUAAACAAAAAAAUUAUGACUCAAUAAUGUAUAAUUCUUAUUCAGUGAGCCCUCAAUCAUGAAACUUAAAUAUUUGUUGAAUGAUGGACUUGACCGGAGGCUGAUUUGUGUAUAAAUACACCAAGCUCCUUGCUUAAUAAUUGCCCACAACUUUGCAAAAAAGCACACACACAAUUGAGUAUAACAUGGCUGCUGCGGGCAUUGUUUCUAAGUGCUGCACAGGCCGUUUCAUGGACAUGGAGUCCAUGAGAUGUUCUUUCUCAUCAUCAUCCCCAACUGCAAUUGCAAAACAAUCACUUAGUUUCUCGAAUCAUAAAUAUCAAGAACUCAGUUCUCUGUCCAUGAAUGGAUGUGGAGGUGACCCUAGAGCUCCUCUUGGCACCAUAGAAACACGAACGUUUCCCGUCGCUCCGACGCCCGCGUCAGCUGCCGACCGUCUCAACUCCGCCAUCUUUGACUUGAAGGACAAUCCUCCUCCGUUCGACUCCGGGAUUAUCCGUCUUCAGGUGCCCAUCCAGCAGCACAUAGAGGCACUUGACUGGCUAAGUUCCCAGACCCAAAACCUUCUUCCCCGUUGCUAUUUCUCCGGCCGCGAUUCCAGCUUUGUUCCACGCAUUGAUCAUCCCAACGGCAACGGCAAUGGCCACGCUUCUUCUCAUCAUCAGCAAGAUAAACUUAUCAGUGUUGCUGGAUUGGGUUCUGCAGUCUUCUUUCGCGAUCUCAAUCCCUUUUCUUUGGACGAUUGGCGUUCCAUCAGAAGGUUCUUAUCUAAAAGGUGUCCGUUGAUUCGUGCAUACGGUGCAAUCCGGUUUGACGCAAGGGCUGAUAUUGCCCCUGAGUGGAGGGGUUUCGGUUCUUUUUAUUUCAUGGUUCCUCAGGUGGAGUUCAAUGAGUUUGAAGGAAGUUCAAUGAUCUCUGCAACUGUUGCGUGGGACAAUCGCCUGUCGAUGACGUAUGAAGAAGCAAUGGCCGCGCUUGAGGCCACAAUGUGGAAGAUUUCAUCUGAUAUCCGGGGAUCAACUGACAACGCCCAUCGUGCAGUUGUACUCCACCAAGCUCAUGUUCCCGAUCAACCUUCUUGGCAUUCAUCUAUUAAGCAAGCUUUAGACUUGAUAAGGCGAAAAAAUUCACCACUAGUUAAGGUUGUUCUUGCACGUAGCAGCCGAAUGGCAACAGUAGAGAUUGAUCCUUUAGAAUGGCUGGGAUGUUUACAGGCUGAAGGGGAUAAAGCUUAUCAAUUUUGUCUUCAACCUUCUGACUCACCUGCAUUCAUUGGGAACACUCCAGAGCGACUAUUUUACCGAAACUGGCUCAAGGUUUCCAGCGAGGCUUUGGCUGCAACACGAGCUAGAGGUGCAACGGAGUCUCUAGAUCUACAGAUAGGAAAUGAUUUACUUUCCAGCCCCAAAGAUGACCACGAAUUUUCCGUAGUGAGGGAGACUGUUAGAACAAAACUCGAGGCUGUUUGCUCAAGCACAUUAGUCGAACCAUACAAAGCUCUACGCAAACUUCCACGGGUUCAACAUCUCUAUUCACAACUGACAGGCACACUGCGGAAAGAAGAUGAUGAGUUCAAGAUUUUGUCUUGUCUUCAUCCCACUCCAGCUGUUUGUGGGUAUCCUAUGGAAGAGGCACGGACAUUAAUAUCAGAAAUCGAAACGUUUGACCGAGGAAUGUAUGCUGGUCCUGUGGGAUGGUUUGGUGGUGCUGAGAGUGAAUUUGCUGUGGGAAUAAGAUCAGCACUGGUUGGUAAGGGUGUUGGAGCAUUGCUCUAUGCUGGAACAGGCAUAGUGGAAGGCAGUGAUCCGGCACUGGAAUGGAAGGAAUUGGAGCUAAAGACCUCACAGUUCACAAAAUUGAUGAAAUUUGAGGCGCCUCGUUUGCCGAUGAUGGAAAGAAUUGAACAGUAAAUCAACAGAUUAUCAAAGUAAUAUUAAAGAGACGAUCAUGGUGGCGACGAAUUAUUGACUUGCAAUGAAAUUAAAUCAGCUGCAUCCCUUCUUUCUUUAUACGUUGAUUAUGCUUGAAAAGUUGUACAUAAACGCAUAUGUAGAGAAGACUAUCGCAGGAGAAAGGUGUCCUAAGAGCCAAUGCUCUGUAUAGUCUUCCUUUGUAUCAAACACAGUAAUUUAUGGUAUGGCAAUAAAGGAGCAAAUUUAAUGAAUAUACCAAUUAUUAUUAUUA